UUUGAAUUUAGUCUGGAAGUCGUUCGAUUCGGAUACGGUUGUGUUUGUGCGUUGCUCUUGUUUUUCCGUGGAAAAACCUGUGGAAAUAUCGCGUGGAAAUCAGUGGAAUGUGCAACAAAGUGUACAUGUGUGCUAUUGUGUGACAUUUGUGCAGCAAUAAUUGGAUUAUGUGAUGCAAAAAGGUGGCAAAAUUAGCUGCGAAAAGGUGUGUUGAGUGGCCAAGAAAAGGAAUUUUUAUAUAAAAACACACACACAUGCAGAUAUUUUAUAUAAAACCACGUACACAUAUGCAGUUGCAAAGAUAAUAAUUGUCGCAGCCGUUGAAGAGGAAUCCUUCAAUGAAAAUGACUGCUAAUGAGAAACGUCUGUUGGACCGUGAAGCCCUGCGUUCCGUCAUCCAGCAAUGGAACGCAAAUCGCUUGGAUCUGUUUGAAUUAUCGGAGCCAGAUGAGAAUCUCCAGUUUCACGGUGUUAUGAGAUUCUACUUCCAAGAUGCGGGUCAGAAAGUCGCCACAAAGUGCAUUCGGGUGGCAUCUGAUGCAACAGUUCAGGAUGUCAUUGAGACGCUAAUUGAGAAAUUCCGUCCGGACAUGCGGAUGCUAUCACUGCCCAACUAUGCCCUAUAUGAGGUGCAUUCAAAUCACGAGGAGAGGAAACUCAAUGGUGAUGAGAAGCCCCUUCUUGUUCAACUUAACUGGCACAUUGACGACAGAGAAGGGAGGUUUCUGCUCAGGAAUACGGAACAGAAGUCAAAUCCACUUGAAAGCGGCGAUACAAACUUCAAGAGGAAAUUGUCAAAGCGUGAAAAGAAGGAGCAAAAGAAGAAGGAAAAAUUGCAAAAAAUGCAAAGUACAAACACGGCUAAUGUUGAGAAUCACGUUGCGGAGAAAUUGUACACGGAAUUGCCAGAGACAUCAUUCACGAGGUCUAUAUCGAAUCCUGAGGCCGUUAUGCGAAGGCGUCGGCAACAGAAGUUGGAGAAGAAACUGCAGCAAUUUCGCUCGAGAGACGGUGGACCAGAUACUGGGGGGACCCUCAAGAUCUAUGGGGAGAGCCUUUGCCGUGAUGUGCCUUACAAGACACUCCUGCUGUCUAUUCGUGAUUGCGCGCAGGCCGUUGUGCGGGAGAUGUUGGCAAAGUAUGGGCUCGAUAAGACGGAUCCCCUUCACUACUGCCUGGUGCAGGUUAAUAGUGAUGGAACUGAGUACAUUUUGGAUGAUGAUGAGUGCCCCCUUUCAAUUCUCAUGAAUCACCCAACAUCCCGAGGAUCCAUAAUGUUUCAUGUACGUCGACGUCCGGCGGAUUCACAGCCGCGGCGCCGGAAGAAGAAACCACUUGGGGUAUCCAAUGGCAGCAACAAUAUGUCAGCAGAGCGCGAGGGUCCAAUGCUUGUGGAGGUUAUGCACAGCGGUGACGGGGGGAGACGCAUCAAGUUGGGUAGUGAGCCAGUGGAAGUGGGAUCCGCCAAUACGAACACCCUUCAGCUGUUUGGGCCACUGAUUCAGCCACGCCAUUGUCUCAUUUCCCUCCAUGAGGGUGUCUGCACCGUCACCCCGCUCCACACUGACGCACUGACCUUUGUCAAUGGCCACCACAUCCAGCAACCGACAAUUUUGCAUAAUGGAUCGGUGGUGAUGUUUGGGCGUGUGUCAUCGUAUCGUUUUGUGGAUUCACCAUCGGAUGGUCGAUACAAUUUGGCCCUAUCGCAGUCCCAAUUGGAUUCAGCAUGCCUGUACGACAGUCGUUCACCGACAUCACCAUCAUGGCAUGAAGAUGAGCGUCCUCUAAGUCCUGUUCAGUCCAUUGCACAAGCUCAGACGUUGAAUAAGCUCAGUAGCUAUUUAGAUGAGCCAUCGUCGGCCAAUCAAUCGAUUGGCGACAGCUCACAGCAGCAGCAGCAUCAUCAUCAUCUCAAUAGCAAUUCAACGGCACAACUAGGCGGGGGUGGUGGUGGUACGACGCCCACGGUGACGAGCAAUGUCAGCACUGACAAUCUCAAUGAGCAAUAUCUCGAUGAAAGCAAGAAUCUCGCCCCAGUGGAUGCGGACAGUAAAGUACCAUCGUCACAGAUGCGAAACAAGGAGCACUUUGAGACGAAUUUCGAUGUGGAUGGCACCAUUGAGACGGAAACAAAAUCAAUUUCGAGCAAUAAAUCGGCAGGAUCUAAUCAGGAAAUCAGGGGGAAGAUACAGCAGGUGAAUGAACCUGGGCAGGAGCCAAUUUUGCCAGCUGUCCUGGAAUUCCCAGAGACACACCAGGAGGCCUUCUUGCGUCAAGUGAUACCCGAUUUGGAUGUCAAUGCGCCCUACUUCAAGCUCGCACCUGUCUACACGCUCUACCUCUGUGCUAGGUAUCGAGCAUCAACCCACUACCGUCCGGACUUGCAACCAACUGAGAGGGCACACAAGCUAACGGCCUUCCUGCAUCAUGUGGCUAAUAUGAUCUACACGUGCGUCCAGGAGCAGUAUACAGAUCCGAAAGUUGUCUCCUUCUGGAUGGCCAAUAGUUCGGAAUUUUUGCAUUUCCUCAAAUCCGAUCGUCACAUUUCGGCAUUCAGUCUUCAGGCGCAAGAGGUCCUUGCUGAGACCGUUCAAUCUGCCUUUCGGCAUCUGGUCAACUCAUUCCAGGCCGAACUGUCGCAGACACUGAAUCAAUUCCUUUCGGAGAAUAUUGAUCACGAUAGUGCUGCAGGACUCGUGUUGACGGUCCUCGGAGCUGAUAUGGCCCUCUUGCGACGAUGUCGCGUCAAUGCUGCCCUGACAAUUCAGCUCUUCUCCCAACUCUUUCACUACAUCAAUGUGGUUUGCUUCAAUAAGAUCGUCACAACGCCACAGAUGUGCAAUGCCGCAUGGGGGAAGGUUGUGAGUGAUCGAUUGCAGCUCCUUGAGCUCUGGGCUGAACGUUUAGGGCUCGAAUUGGCGGCUGAUUGUCAUUUGGCGAAGAUAAAUCAGUGCGCGCAGUUCCUGCAGGCCCCAAAGACAACGGUGGCUGAAGUGCAACAGUUGGCACAUUCGUGCUUUCGUCUCAAUUCAAUUCAGAUGAAGGCACUGCUGAGUCAGGAGCCCAUUCCGUUGAGUCUCGUUGAUACAGCCCUGCGGAUGGCGGAAUCAGUUGCGGAUGAACUGACACUGGCCGAUGGGCGUGAGGUGCGCCUUGAGGAGUCAACGGACACACAAUUGGCGCUCCUUUUGCCCGAAGAUGGCUUCAGUUGUGACGUUGUGCGCGGCAUUCCGGCGGGACUUGUGGACUUCCUGACUCCACUGCAGAAUGCCGGUAUGUGCCGACUUGCAGCACAACCAACGAGCAUUGGGCUGUGGACGGUGUAUAUGCAUCAGUACAAUCAGAGAUCACCCAGUGCCAUGUCCACGAAGAUGCCACAGCCGGACAUUCAGGUGAUUAAGCUGCAUAAGAAUACAAAUGGCAUGGGAUUGUCAAUUGUGGCGGCAAAGGGUGCUGGGCAGGAGCGACUGGGUAUCUACAUAAAAUCCGUUGUACCCGGUGGAGCAGCUGAUGCAGACGGAAGGCUCCAAGCGGGAGAUCAACUGUUGCGAGUUGAUGGGCAGAGUCUUAUUGGCAUCACCCAAGAACGGGCUGCUGAUUAUCUCGUUCGAACUGGUCCUGUGGUCACUUUGGAGGUGGCCAAGCAAGGAGCCAUUUAUCACGGUCUUGCAACUCUUCUUCAACAACCGAGUCCUGUGAUUCAGAGAGGCACGCGAAGAAUGUCCGAAAGAGAUGUAUCCCGUGUUGGAGCAGAAACCACUAAACCACCCCUUCCAUCACCCGCUGGUCAGCAACUCCUGAACAGCAAAUCCGUUCCGGCGCUUCAUCAUGUUGGUAAUAUUGGAAUGGCUGGAAAUAAAUCACGAAGUAUUCACAAUUUAGCUGCGGGACAGAUAAAUGAUCAGGGUUUCUAUCAGAACUUGAGCAUUUAUCGCGGGCAGAAUAUUAGCCAGCCGAAUUUGGGUGAUCGUCCACCGAUGCCACUCCUCCAGCCAGCCACAUCCUCAGCCACGACGCAGCAAAUGAUGGCACCAGCAACAGGCAGCAAUGCCACCAAUCAACAGCCACACCUCAACCGUCCAGCCUCUGCGUACUUCAACAGCAAUACCAUGAAUAGCAACACUUUGCCUUCAAAUCAGACCAAUUCCAUGUCCUAUUCGAUGCUUCCUCAGCAGCAGCAGCAGCAGCAACAACAGCUGGGAAAUCGCACCAAGAAUACCUUCCUGCGUGAUUCGCAGGGACAGCAGAGUUUGCGAAUGAAUCAAAUGCUCGCACCCUCAAUGCCCAACAUUGCGCACUCAAGUGGCUAUGCCAGUAACAUCUCAGCCAGUCAGAGUAUGCAGAAUGUCAACAUGAUUAACUAUCCCACGUAUCCGAGUCAGCAGCAGCAGCAACAGCAACAGCCAGUGAUUGCAGCUAAGCCACCAACGGGGCAUCAGCACCCCUAUGCAGCACCUGAUCAAGCAUCUCAGAUGCGUAUGCAGGCCAAGAUGAGCGAAAUGGGUGAGAUGCUGCGACGUCGGAAUCAACGUGACAUGAUGGCACCCAUGGGGAUGCUGGACAUGAGCAAUUCCCCUCUUGCGCCGAUUCAGCAGGGUAGUCCAAUGAUGGGAACUCCACCCGGAAAGCCACCAAUGAUGUCACCAACAGGAGCACCCGGUGGCGGUAUGUACAACCAGCAGCAGUAUCCGCCGCCACAGCAGCAAAUGAGCCCUCUAAAGCAACUACCACCAACAGCCCCCAAACCUCAGCACCAUCGACCCCUUCCUCCGGCUGAUGAGCAAUUAUCCCCACCCCUGCCACCCACAUCGACUCAUCCGCUCUACAAGCAGCAACCGCAGUACGUGGCGAGUAAUGCUGAACCCCCAAAGGUUGCGUACUACCCUGUUGCUGGGCAAGCUGGCAACAAGGGUGCUGGUGGGGGUGGGGGAGGAUUUCCGGGGACGAAUCCCUGGGAGCGAGAAGAGCGUGAGAAGGAGCAAGAGAUGCGCCGGGAGCAUAUGCGACAGUGGCGAGAUCAGCAGAUUAAUGAUCUUUCGGGGCAAGCGCACCGAACGCCGCAGCAGGAGGAGCAACUGAAGACAUUGGUGCUUGAGAGGGAUUUUGAGCGACGUGCCCAGGAGAUUGAGGAGCACGAAGAAGAGCCCGAAGGGGCGAAUGUUGCUGGGGGGAAGACGAAUGCCAUUGGGGAUGGUCAUGCGCCCACAGAGACAGCCGUAAUGCAGCCCAAGAGUAUCCUGAAGCACAACAGUGCAACACGGGUGGAUGGGAUGAAUGUUGGGGGGAAUGAAGGACGUCUAAUGAGCGGUGGAAGUGUCCCGAAUUCCCCGUCAAAGCAAGCAAAGUCCGCAAGUUUUGCUGAUCAGCAGCAAAUUCAUGAGAAUUCCACGGCCUUGCUACUCUCGAAGGAGAUGUCGCAUCUCCAUGUUGCCGAUGUGUCACCCAGUGGAUCAGGAUUUGAGCAACUUCACAGCCCCGGGGAUGCGGCGGAGACAACAAUGAGGGAGACUUUUGAGCUGACACCCAAUGGGGGCCCACCACCGCCUCCGGAGAGGAAUAGUUCGUACAUUGUGAUGUCGCAGCAGCAGCAAAAAUUGCGGAAUAGCCAAAAUCUCCCGCAGAAGCCACCAGCGCAUCUUGAUCUCGUCAAGAAGCCCACAAUUCCCGCGCAUUUGGCCACAAAUAACAACUUUACCCCACCAAAUGCCACAAUUAGCCCCAUGUCGGCAAUUAAUGUUCGCGACAACAAGAGGGUGUCCUUCCACGAUGAGGAGAACAAUGUGGUGGCAGGUGCUGCAUCCCUGAUGCCAGAACAGGCGGAUCUGGAGAUUAUCCGGGAGGAUCCCAAUAAAUUCAUCCAAGACACAACGGCUCUCCUCCAAACACCAACAACUCCGGAGAAUGAGUCUUGGAAUUCGCCCAUCCAGCAAACUCCGGGCGUUAUUGGUGCUCAGGAAGUUUAUCGGGAUCCACGGACAAGACGCCUGGCUGAGCAACAGCAGAAGAAUCAAAAGAGCAACGAUACAGUGCCAGAGAAGCUUUCCUUCAAGGAGAAAAUGAAGAUGUUUGCUCUUGAAUCUGGGGAGAAUCAGACGCCAAAGGAUAAAUUGAAGAUUUCACGGGCUCAGAGGGAUAUUGAUGCUGUUCACUAAACAAUAAGAGAUUGAACAACAAAAAUAAGUAAAAAAAAGGUAUAACUUGGGUGGAAAUUGAAAUGAGGAACAUUGAAAGUAAUAAAAAAUAAUUAAUGUUUAUUUUUUCUAUAAAUAUUAUAUAAAAACAUUUACUAAAGUUUUAAUGAAAAAAAAAAAAAAGAAAAUUCAUGAGAUGAUUUAGAGAUUGAAACAAUGAGAGGGUAAACUAUAUACAUAAAUAUUAAAGAAAAACUCUUAUUAGGCAAUUAUAGAGCUCCUAUUAUAUAUACAUAAAAUAUAUAUAACGUGUAAUUCCAACUUAGAAAAAAAAGAGUGUCUUUGUAAUGUAAAAAAACAGCAAAUUAUUGGAUUUUUGAUUUUGAUGUUUUCAGAGUUGAUUCCGUUGAAUUUUUCAAAGCAUGAAAAAUAUAUUUUUUCUUUUGCUAAAAUAUAGAUUAUUUUUUUGUCAUUUAAUGAUGAGAUUAUGACGAAAGUUUUUAUUGAAAAAUGAAUGAAGAAAUCUUACUAUAUUGCUUAGGAGGGAAAAGUGGAUCAAUUUGAGAGGAAAUUUAGUGACUUUUUAGGAGAUUUUAAGAGGGGGUGGGAACUUUUGCGAAGUUGUUUUGAAAGGAAAACAAAAAAAAUUGUAGAAAAUAUUAAACUGAUAUAAAUAUAUAUUUAGGACAAGAUGUUUAGGAUGUGAAAAAAAACUACACACGUUUGCUAUAUAUUAAAAAAAAACUACUAGUGAAUCGAUUGGACCAAAAGAAAAUUGAUGCUUUGUAUUAAAAAAAAAAUGAAUAAAGACCACGUAUUUUAUAAUGAAAAUUUACUUUACAAAACUUUUCCUUUUUUCUCAAAAAAUAAAUAAAAACAUUUCUACUCAAUUGCUAUUAUAAAAAAAAUGUUUAAUAAAAAAAAAGAGUUAAGAAAAAUGAAAAAAAUAGGAGGAUAUUUUAUGCAAAAUUAUAAAUAAUUUUUUUAAGAUGUUAUCCAUUUUUUUUUAGUUGUAUUUUAUCUCACUUAUAAAUAUUAUAUUUCUUUUGCAUAUUUUGUAAAAUAUAGCAGAUAAAAUUUCCACUUAGAUCUUAUGAUGAAAGGAAACUAUUUUACAAAAAAAGAAAAAUUCUUGUCUUUUUUUAUCUUAUUUUUUUUAAAUAUUCUUUCUCCAAAUAAGGUUUAUUUUUUUUAAUUAGGAAAAUAAAAGUUUCUCCUGGUAGGUGAAGAAGAGUGAAAAAAGAAAAACAUUUCAAUUAACUUUAUACAUAUACAUACAUUCUAUGAUGAAAAGUAUUUACUCUUAUGAAAGACGAUGAAAUUGAGGAAGUUUUGAAGCGAUAUUAGCGCAUGAUGAAAAUGAAAAUGUAGGUUGGAGAAAUGAGAAAGAGAAUUAUUGGAGAAAAUAUUAUUGAACAAGAAUAAAAUUUUAGUGGUAAAAAAA